AUGGAGGUCAUACCCUCCUCGUCUCGUUUGUUACUCUGGUUUAUAACUUCAUUAUUUGUUCUACUAUUGUCUAGAGCACAUAGUGUGGUUCAGGAGCCCUUGACUUAUUUGGAGUUUGUCACUAAUCCUUCCAUGGAAAUACUCCCUAGGGAUCGCUUUGAAAAAACAUCAAUAAUUCGCAGAGAUAUAUAUGAUGAUAGUUCAUUGAGACACGAUGAUUCAUUGCGAAUUCAGUUUAUUGCAUUCAAUCGUACGUUUAGCAUUCACCUCGAACCUAAUUUAGAUUUAUUUCACCCAGAAGCAACAAUUGUUAUCCAUCAUUCUAAUAAUACUAAAACAACAACGAGACUAAGACCCGAAGACCACAGACUUUAUAAGGGAGUCUUGCUGGACAUAGACUCAACUGACACCAGAUUAAGCGAAGACACGAUUGGACUGAGAAGGAGGAGCUUAUCAGAGGAACUAUCUUAUUCAUCAGGAGUUCUCGGAUGGGCAAGAAUCCAAGUUCAUGAUGAUGGCGGCAAAAAUAAUAGACAUCCUCUUUUUGAGGGAACAUUUAGUUUAAAUAAUGAAUUGUAUAGUAUAAAAUCAACCGAAAAUUUUAAGAUAACUCAAUUUAAAGAUGAUCCAGAAAUACCCAAUCCAUCUGCACGUCAUCCUGUUCAUCGAUCGGCUACUAUGGUCAUUUAUCGUGACUCGGACAUUAAAAAUACUAAAAGGUCAUUGCAAGACGAAAGUCUUGUAGGGUCUUGUGCAAUGGAUGAUAUUGUUAGCGUUGAAAAUAGACGUCGCGAUCGGAUAAUUGGAUCUAAUGAUUGGAAAUCCGGCCAAUUAAAACCAUGGUGGAAUACUUUUUCAAUUGGAGAUCAUACAUUGACGAAAAGAGACCUUACCGGUUGUCCUACUGGUAGAAAAAUUGCUUACAUGGCAUUCACUAAUUAUAACUCCCCUGAUGCUGCUCGAAAACAAAUUCUUCAGGAUUGGGGCACUGCCUCAGCCGUUUAUGAAAAAACUUUUAAUGUGACUCUCGGUCUUAUUAAAAUUGAGAUCCUAAACAAAAAUUGCCCCACAACUCCCGAUCCUGCAUAUCCAUUUAAUCGACUAUGUGACGAAAGUUAUACUAUAAACGAUCGUCUUAACGACUUUAGCGGGUGGAGGGGUAAAACUCCUGAUGAUGGUGCGAGUUUAUGGCAUCUCAUGUCCAAAUGCAAUACUGGUACUAAAGUCGGUGUUGCAUGGUUGGGACAAUUAUGUCAAACGAAAGCAACUCAACAAGAUCAAGGUCAGUUAGGAAAGGCAACUGUAUCUGGUACUGGUGUUUCUACUAUUGUCAAAGAUGAAUGGAAGGUUGUUGCACAUGAAGUUGGUCAUGGAUUUGGUGCUAUUCAUGACUGUCUUAAUGAAAAUUGUCCUUGCAAUAAUUGUGGCUGUUGUCCAUUGAGUAGUACAGUUUGUAGUGCUAAUAAUCAAUAUCUAAUGAAUCCAACAAGUAACGUGGUUACUGAUCAAUUCAGUCCAUGUUCAAUUACUGAUAUAUGCCAAGCUCUUCCAAAUAUUGGUGGUUGUCUUGAAGAUCCCGGCACCAAAUCCAUCCUUAGUCAAUCUAUGUGUGGCAACGGAUUGAAAGAAGACAAUGAAGAAUGCGAUUGUGGUACUAGUGACGAUUGUGCCAAUGACCCCUGUUGCGACGGUGCAACAUGUAAAUUGAAGAGUAAUGCAGUUUGCGCUGACAAGAACGAUAUGUGUUGUAGAAAUUGUCAAUAUAAACCUGCUAAUGAGAUUUGCCGGCCUGCCGGUUCAAAUAAUUGUGACAUUUCUGAAGUUUGUAGUGGAACAUCUGGAGUUUGUCCACCUGAUAAACAUGUUGAAGAUGGAACCACCUGUGCACCUAAUCUUGCAUGCGCCGGAGGUCAAUGUACAUCCAGAGAUAAUCAAUGCCUUUUACGUGGUAGUCGCAUGGGUAUUACGAAAGCUUGCUCAGCUUUAUCCGAUACAUCUUGCACUAUAAGUUGCGCUAAUCCGAAUGAUACAAAUUCAUGUCUUCAAAUGAGCGGGUAUUUCGUGGAUGGUACUCCGUGUGGGUUUGGAGGAAAAUGUAACAAAGGACAAUGUGACAGUGGGUCUAUAGGUAAUACUCUUUCAAGCUGGUUUAAUCAAAAUAAAAAAAUUGCAAUUCCAAUUGUGGCAAUAAUAGGAUCACUUUUGUUAUGUUGUUUAAUACAGUGCGCAUAUCGCUGCUGUAAAAGGCGACGACCUCAAACGUCAAAACUACGUGUUCCUUCUCUACCUCCAGAUGAUAGAUAUUCAAGUUCAAAUAAUUAUAGUAAUUAUAAUUAUAAUAAUAAUUACGGUAAUAGUUAUAACACACACAAUGGUAGUAAUUGGGUUGAUCCAACACCAUAUAACGGUUAUGAGGGAAGAUCCGCACCACCUAUGCCAACACCAACACCAGCACAUCAACAGCAACGUUCACGUUCUCCAGAUUAUACAUAUGCUGGAACAGGUCUAAUACACCCACUACCGUUACAAUCAUCUCAAAGACCAACUGUAUUUGACAGAUCUCAAGUAUCUCCUGUGUCUCCUGUGUCUCCACGUUCAAUGAAUUUAAGAUCACCAAGUUCGCCUAGCUCACCAAAUUCAAAUUCAUCACGAAAUCAAUUUGUGGAUGAAACUCUAUAUAAUGGACAAAGGACUUAUAAUUAUCCGAUUUCGGAUGAAACUCUAUAUAAUGGACAAAGGACUUAUAAUUAUCCAACGAACAAUGAUCGUCAAUAUCCAUAUAGACGUCAAUAG